AUGGAAUCUAAGGAGGAUUUAGAGGAUAAAAGUUCCAUGUUCAAGGGCUUCUCAAAAGCAUUUACAACUGUUAGUAAAAAGACGAAGGAUAAGAUCUCCAAGGAGAAGAAGCCUGAAAAAGAACCUGAAAAAGAGCCUGAACCGCAAUCUUCCACAAAAUCAAAUCGGAAGUUGAGUGUGAGGAUUCCACCGAAGGAAUACUCUGAAGAAUUGGAGAAAAAGUAUAAAAGAAUCGCAACUAAAGGAGUUAAGAAGCUUUUUAUUCUCCUAAACAAUGCUCGUUAAUGUUCACAAAUCUGCAAAAAUUAAUCUCUGAAUGUUCCAUAAUUUCCUACACCAAUUUAUAAU